GUGAUCAUUAGUUCUUAUGCCUAGUCUCGACUUUUGAAGUAUUCACAAUCUCUUAAUACAAAAUCGUUUUUGCCCCAACCCUCGUUCAGUCCAUCGUCAUGUUUUUCCGCGUCGCAACUCUCGCUGGCUUCGCCGCCAUUGCCCGCGCUCAUUUCGUCCUCCAAGUACCCACUAGCCUCGGAUUUGACGAUGGAAAGGAAUCCGAAUCUCCUUGCGGUUCAUUCUCCGCAACAGAUCGAAGCACUGGCGUGACGGACUUCCCUAUUGCCGGUGCGCCGAUUCAGAUGUUGACGACCCAUACUUCAGUCACGUGGGACUUUAAAGCCGCUCUUCUCAGUAGCCCAACCUCGUUCUCGGCGGUACUUCCAGUUGUCCAGCAAACGGGUGUUGGUACUUUUUGUCUGCCUCAGGUGCCUGGAAAUGCAGCCUGGGUCGGCCAGGACGCUAUCCUACAGGUUAUUCAACACAGUCCCGAUGGAACCUUGUAUCAGUGUGCCGCAAUUAAAUUCGUCUCCGGAAGUGCUGCCAGCAUCCCUGGUAGCUGUGUGAAUAGCACGGGAGUCACUGCAUCAUUCGUGGGUGGCGGCGGAGCCUCCAGCUCGUCGCCUCCAUCAAGCGCUACGCCUUUAUCAACACUAGGUUCUUCUGCUGCACCUUCUUCGGCGGAAACAAGCGGAAGCCCUUCAUCGGGAAGCCCUAGUUCAAGCACACCUGGACGCUCCGCCACUGGUUCGGCAGGAAUACCUAUAACGAGCGCCGCUUCCACUGCUGGGGGAGCUAAAGCCUCUACUACUACUGCCAUGCAUUCCGGGGUAACGUCGAAGGUCAAUGGAACAAUUGCAACGGCGUCUGCGCCAGCUCAGUUCACGGGUGCGGCAGGUAUGAGUCAGAGUGCUGAUGUUUUCAUUGGUGGCCUCGUUGCAAUGCUCGCAUUGGCGUUGUAAAGUAGGAAUCGGCACUGAAUGUGGCUGCACACAGGAUCGUGUUUGAGAGACUGGGGACGCAUUGCAUUCUCGAGCAUGCAAAACCUUAGCCUGGUAGCCCCCGAGAGAGCAAGGGGCUGUCAAACCGGGGUCGUAAUUAAUAAUUGGAUUUCCCUUUCGCGCAUAAAAGGAUUUCUCGUGCUUUUCAAGAUUUACCCUAGCUCGUGCUAUGACAGUUGGAAUUUUCUGAGUGAGAGAACGAUGUUUUUGAAGUCGGACAGCGAAAACGUCGGGAAGAAUUAAUUGUGUAAUAAAUAAUUAGCUC